CUCCCCUCCAUUCCUCUCCCCCUCCGUGCUGGUCUCAGUCUUGAGGACUUGCUAGUGAAUCGGGAGAAAUAAACAGACACUGAGCAGAGGGGGAAAAAAGGACACAGGGAGUGAUAGCGUGCGAGAAUUUAAGACAUCUCCUCCCUCCCCUACCCCCUCACUAUCUCUCCAUCUUCAUCUCUCGUCUUUUCUUUAAUGGAAAGAAAUUAUCCUGGUACAGGGUUCGGUGAUUUGGGCGCUGGUACGGGAUGGAGUUACGAGAGAUCGGCCAAGGCAAGCCUGGUGUAUGGGAGUUCUAGGUCCUCUCAUCCGGACUCAGAGCUGCUCCAUCGCCAGGCUUAUGGCACCCCCCACCCUCUGCAGGGCUACGCAACCAAUCACCACCCUGGCAGCUCUGGACAGGGCGGGGCAUGGGGGGCUGGACGGAGUCUAGGCUUAUCUGGGCUGUUUGAUACUGGGCUACACCAUGCCAGUCCCUCUGGUCCAGACCCAUCUGUCAUGAACCUGAUUUCAGCACUGGAGUCCCAGGGUCGGCAGCCACCCCCCUCAGCCUCCUCCCUCCUCUCCCAGUUCCGAACACCGUCCUGGCAGACUGCGAUGCACACUCAGCCAGAGCUCUUCAUCGGGUCUGGCUCCUUCCCCUCCUCCUCCCUCUCGGCCUACCAGCACCCAGCCUCUUUCUCUGGCCGGUCCUUCCCUGGCGCCUCGCUCUCCCUCCAGGACUCGCCCACCUUCAGCCCCACGUCCAACGGCCUCCUGUCCCCCCAUGACCCCCUGCUGCACAUCAAGACGCCCUCGCAGUCUAGCCUGGGCUUCGACCGCUUACUCUCCUCACAGGGCGCCGCCUACCGAGGGUCGCAGGACCCCACAGGCCCGCCGCAAACCUCCUCCUCCUCCUCAGGCCGCCACUUACCCCCUCCCCAGUUUAACCUGCUGUCCUCCCAGCUCCAGGACCAGUCCUCCCAGUUGUACAAUGCCUCUGUGUUCUCAUCGGCACCCGCCCCCCCUCCGCCCCAGCCACCCCAGGAAAGGGCCACCCCCCGGCAGGACAGCGUGAUCAAGCACUACCAGCGCUCUUCUCCGGCUCAGUCCCAGCUCUCCUCCUCAGCCCCCCACCCCCUGCAGCACUACCUCAGCUGUGGGGCAUCGGGUUACCAGCAGAUCUCCCACCACCGGCAUGGAGGGGUGUCCUGCAGUCCGCUGGGAGAGCAGAGCCCUUCAGCAGACCCCAAACCCUCCCCCCGGUCAGACCAAGUGUACCGCCCCAUCAUCCAGACCCCGUACACCUCCUCAGCCGCCUCCUCGUCAGGAUCAGGUGGAGGUCUAGGGAAGGGGGCUAAGAACUCCAGCUCCAGUAGCGGCUACUCCUCCUCGGGUUCCUCGUCUUCCCGAACCCCCCACACCCCGCCCUCAGCCUCCUCGUCCUCCUCAAUCUCCAACCCUAACCCUUCCUCCAGCUCCUCGUCAGCCCCAUCCAGACAGCAGCCCCCAAUUCAGUCUGCGCCCCCUCCCCCACCUCCCCCUCCAGUCUCCUCCGCCCCGGCCCAGCAGCCUCCUCCUAAACCCUGCCUGUCAGCAUACGGGUCCCCUGUGGCCCCCGCCAAGCCCACCGCAGGCCUCCCUGGACAGACACCUCCCCAGCAGCAGUCCUACUCCCCCAGCCAGCCCCCUCCCUCACACCUCCCCUCUCACCAGCCCUAUGGGGGCUUCAGCUCCCCCCAGGCCCAGGACCUGACCUCUGGCCCUGGGACUUCUGGGAAAGGGUAUGGAGGACUGGGGCCAGGAGGCCGCUCCUUCUCUGCCGAGGUGGUCUACGGGACGGACUCAGGAUACAGCUCGCUGCCUACCUCCCUCGGGGGAGCAGGCAGUCCCUCGUUGGGGUACGGUGGCCCAAGGCACUCCCCUGCCCUCCUGGGGUCUGGGGGGGGUGGAGGGUCAGCCGGCAGCGGGGCAGGGUCCGGGGCAGGUGGAGGUGGUUCAGGAGGUGGGGGUGCAGGAUCAGGUGGUAGCAGUGGAGCUGGAGGAGGCAGCUCAUACCACCUCCCUGACUCCAGCCCCUCUCCCUCCAGCAACUCUGGCAUCAUUCGACCUGGGCUGCACUCUCCUGCUCCCGCCCGCCCUGCCCAGUCCCCCGGGGGAGCCGGGGGGAACAAAUACCUAUCCUCCGUCCUCUCCCCUGCCUUCCUGUCCUCUCCGCAGGGCUACCCCGACACCCGAGGCCCCCAGCCUCAGUCUUACCACCCCACGCCCCCCAAGCCCAAGCCAGACACCGACAUGCUGGGAGUGGAGCGCUCUCAAGACGAGGAGGAUGACGAUGACGAUGACUUCCUGAUCCAGCACUUGCUGCAUGCCCAGAGCCCUGCGCCUCACCCGUCCCAGCACCACCCCCAGCAGCAGCCGCCACAGUCCAUCCCUCAGGCCAGGGAUGGGGGCAAAGGUCUGGCCUACGACCUGAGUAAGGCCUCUGAGGAGCGCUACCACCUGCAGAGUGUCAUCCGCACCAACAGCGCCACCAACAGCUCGGUCCCCGGUACUGCAGGUAACGUCAGCGGAGGUGGCCUGGAGAGCCAGUUGGAGAUGUCGCUGAAGAAACAGCAGCAGCAGGCCAAGAACGAACGUGGGCUGUCUGGAGCAGGAGCCAGCGGAGGAAGGGGGGGGGAAGACUCCCUCUCCCACCCCAACCCGCACGUUCCCUAUCCGCAGCAACACGACUCCCUCGGCUCAGUGGUGCACUACGGCAGGAGCGACCCUUACUCCCAACACCCUCACUCCCAGCACCCCCACCAUCCCUCGCAGGCCCCCUCACACCCCCAACACACCCAGCACUCCCGACACGCCCACCCCCACUCCCAUGGCCACCCUCACAUGGAGCUCAAAAAGCCUCCCGACUCGUCCGAGCUGCCAUACCUGCGGAAGACACCCGAACUGCAGCAGCAGCCCCGACAGUCCCAGCCCUCCCUUUCCCUCAUGGACUCCCCUCCAAACCAGCCCCAGCAGCCUCCCUCUGCCCACAUGCUCCAGUCUGUUCUGUCCCACACUACCCGCAACAAGAUGGACACCCAGCAAGCUGCUUCUCAGCAGCAGCAGCACUCCAUGAGUCAGCAGGCCAUGAUGGGGGCAGGUGGAGAGGCAGAGCCUGGGGGACAAGCAGGGGUGGAUCCCCAGCCCCAGUCUCAAUCCCAGCUGCAGCUCCAACUCCAGUCCCAGGCUAUGGAGGCCCACUACGGCCAGGCCAGCCAGAACUCGGUUUCUCCGCUGGACAUGCUGGAGCGCACCCUGUCUCGUGCCAACAGCAGAGACAGUGGAGGGGCCGUGGAGCGAAGUGGGGUGGGGGGAGGAGAUGGGGGCAGUGGUGACGGACACAGGCAACAACAGCAGCAGCACAGGCUGCCGUCUCAUCACCACUCCCAACAAACUGCCUCCAAGCUUCACGACUUCCUCUCCGAGCCAGACCUGGGAAUAACCACGCCCUCCCACCUGCACCACCUCAACCCACACCACCCCCACGUCCAUCACCAACAGCAGACCCACCCGCACCACCCCCUCCCGCACACCCAUGCCCACCCCCACUCCCACCACCUGGCAACCAAUGCAGGGCCCCAGCAGCAGCAGCCUCCGCCCCAUCAGAGGGACCAGGAGCCCCAGCUCUGUCAAUCCCAGUUGGACCAGCUCAAAGAGCACCAGUUUGACACUGUGAGCCCUGUGGGGAAAGCGGGCCAGAUCCAAGGCCAGCAGCAAAGGUUUGUGCCUCUGACCUCCAUCUGUUUCCCAGACUCCCUCUUACAGGAUGAGGAUCGCUCCUUCUUCCCCGGCAUGGAGGAUAUGUUCUGCUCUGACGACUACUCCAAGUCGAGCUGCACCGGGGUUCCCGGGGCAGGCCAAGGGGUGCAGGAAGGUAUGUCUGAGGCACGUGUACAGGGACCAGACAGCAUGGAGGACGUCAAGACCAGUGAUGGAGGAGGUGGCUAUGACAUGAUGGGUCACCAUGGCGACCAGGGGUAUGGGUACUGCCACAGCCUCACGGAAACAGAAAACAGCACCAUGCAUCUGGACCUGGACUCUCUGAAAACCCAUGAGCUCCCGUCCACUGUGAACACAGAGCAGCUCGGCCUCAUCCAGUCCCAGACCCCAGGCCUUGGCUUGGGGGUUCCAGGGGGAGUUCCUGGGGACGGCUCCGCCAACAAGAUGAUUGGGGGUACGGGCGUGGGUGGAAGUUCUGGUUUGGCCGGGCUGACGUCGCCCAUCUUCUGCUCCUCCCGACCCAAGAAGCUGCUGAAGACCAGCUCCUUCCACCUGCUGAAGCAGCGCCGCGACCCGCAGCCGCAGGCCAAGAAGAACUACGCCCAGGAGUAUGAGUUCGAGGAUGACGAGGACAAGGCUGAUGUUCCCGCUGACAUCCGCCUGAACAGCCGGCGGCUCCCUGACCUCCUCCCCGACCUGGUGUCCAGCUGCAGGAAGGCUGGAGGAGGAGGGGCCUCAGGGGUGGGCUCCCUCAGCCCUCUGAUGGGUGACCUGGACUUCUGCCACCCGUCCGGCUACCCCUCCCUUGGCCCCCCUCCCCAGCUCCUACCCCACGAUGGGCCCAAGAAGAGGGGCAGGAAACCGACCAAACCCAAACGUGAAGGGCCGCCUCGGCCCAGAGGGCGCCCUCGCAUCCGCCCGCUCCCGGAGCCGCCCUACUGUAGGGGGCUGAUGGGAAAUGUAGGCGGGGAGACCCGCAGGGGUCGUGGGCGGGGUAGGGGGCGUGGCAGGAAAGAGGAAGGGAUGAUAGAGAUGCACCGAGAAAUGAACAAAGUACCCGACCUCCAAUAUCAACAACAACAACAACAACAGCAGCAGUUCCACCAACAACAGCACUUUCAACAACAGCAGCACCAACACCAUCACCUCCAACAGCAGCAAAAUAUACAACCUCAACAGCAGCAGCACCUACAACACCUUCAUCAACAGCAUCCACAGCACCAGAAACCUUUCAAGCCUAUCAAGAUCAAGCUGCCUAUCCCCUCUAUGUCUCCCUCGGACUCCUUGCUAAGGACAGACUCCCUGUCCAGCACCGACCCGGUUCUCUCUGACGGGUCGGUGGGCUCGGCUCCCUCCCUGGGCCUGAGUCCUGGACCCACUGCUGGGAUGGACAUGAACAUCACCAGGAGCCAGGAGAAGAUGAAGCAGAAAGCUCAAGCCCAGGAGAUGACGUGGGAAAGGGACAUGGAUGAGCAGCUGACCCCAGAGGCCUGGGCUGCCAUGCAGAAGCUCUCCAACACGACGGAGGACAAGCCCCCGGAGCUGAAGUCUAAUUUCAUGGCCUCCUUCCUGGACUUCCUCAAGACGGGGAAGAAGCAGCCUGAAUCUGGACCUGGUGGACCACAAGACCUCGGAGGGCCAGUGGAAGGAGCUGAAACCACAGACUCUUCCUCCCUGAAGGGUAGGAUCCUGUCCCCGCCUCCCCCUCCACCGCCCCCUCCUCCACCCCCUCCGUUUGGGGACAGUAGCGAGGGCGAGGAUGGGCUGAGCCCCUGUAAGCGUCUGGACGACGAGCUGAAGAGGAACCUGGAGACGCUGCCGUCCUUCUCCUCCGACGAGGAGGAGGACUCUGUCAGUAAGAACCAGGACCUGCAGAAGAGCAUCUCCUCGGCCAUAUCUGCCCUUUACGACACGCCCCAUACGCUGGCUGCAGCCGUGGCCCCGCUCCCACCCAGCCCAUCUCCGCCCCAGAGCCCAUCGCUGCCACCAACGCCGCCGCCCGUGGCCCAAAUGCAGGAGGACGUAGCCGAUCUGGAGGAGCAGGACGAUGACGUAGAGACAAACAUGCAACUUCACAACACACAGGCCAACGCACAGCCAAAUACACCGCCCCCAGAACAGGAAGGACUGGAAGGGAUGGACGGAGAGGACGAACGACAAGAGGAGAUGGAGAAAGAGGAGGAGAUGGAGAAAGAAGAGAGGGUAAAGGAAGACCUGAAUGUAGAGUGCAGGGGUGUGGAGAAAGAGGUAGAGGAGAGGGAAGAGGAGGAGGAGAGAGAGCCUGAGUUUGAGAUGCUGGAUGCUCCAAAAAUUCUCCAUCCGGGCCUCCCCUCGCCACCGUACCCCCUCGCCCCCAUCCCUCUCCCCGUCCCCUCUCACUUCUUCCUCCCCCUCCCCCUAUCUCCCCCACCCCUCUCCCCACCCUCCCCUCUGCCCUUCCAGCAUGAGGAUGAUGAAGAGGAGCAGCAGGAGCCGUCCCCCAACAAACCCACCACCCCUCCGCCUCUCCUCCCCCAGCUCCUCUCCCCUGCCCUGCCCUCUCCACCCUCCCCUUCCCCUGCAAUGCCCCCUCCACUACCCCCCCCUCCCUCCUCCUCCCCUCCCCUUUCGGAUGCUCCAGAGUUGGCCCAGCCUUCCUCCUCACCCUCCUCUUCCCCACCCUCACCCCCCACCCCUGAGGAUGCGCCAGCCCCCAAGAUCACCUCUCUGCACCUGGCCAAAAAGCAGGACAAUGCGGCCAUUGCUGGAGAGAGUGAGGAGGAGGACAGCGAGAGUGGCGGCGAGGGCAUCUUCCGGGAGAGAGAUGAGUUUGUGGUGCGGACCGAGGACAUUGGCACGCUCAAGAUGGCCCUGCAGACCGGCCGCGAGCCACCACCCAUCUGGAGAGUGCAGAAAGCCCUGCUGCAGAAGUUCAGCCCCGAGAUCAAAGACGGACAGAGGCAGUUCUGUGCCACCAGUAACUACCUGGGCUACUUUGGCGAUGCCAAGAUGCGGUACCAACGUCUCUAUGUCAAGUUCCUGGAGAAUUUCAAUAAAAAGGAUUAUGUCCGUGUGUGCUCACGUAAACCCUGGCACAGACCUGGACUCAUGUUGAGGCGUCAAUCAGUCCCAUCACUCCCCAAGCCACCUCCCCCUGCCAUCAGUCAAACUCCACCACGAUUGGAGCGAGAUGAGAGGGAGAGGAAGGAGAAAGAGAAGGAGCAGAAAGAGAAGGAGCAGAAAGAGAAGUUGCAAAAGGAAAAAGAAAAGGAGCAGAAAGAGAGGAAGCAAAAGGAAAAAGAGAAGGAGCAGAAAGAGAGGAAGCAAAAGGAAAAAGAGAAGGAGCAGAAACGAGAGAGGAGGGAAAAAGAAAAGGAGCGAGAGAGGGAGAGGGAAAAAGAGAAACAGCGAGAGAGGGAGAGAGAGGAGGAGAAGGAGAGAGAAGAGAAAGAGAAGAGGCAUCCACCACCUCAGGAGAAGGUGGAGAGAAGGAGCAGUGAAGAGGACCGAAAGAGACUGAGGGAGGAGAAGAGAGGAGGAGGAGGAGAGAAGAAGACAGAGCGCCCUUCGAGGGCGAGGCCAGUGAAGGCAGAGCCUCCACCCAAGAAGAGGAAGAAGUGGCAGAAGGAAGUCCCCUCUGACUCAGACUCCUCCACUGAUGGGCCCAGUGAGGACCAAGCCCCAGUGAGAGGGGGGAUGAACAGUCGAGCCAUGAGGGAGAUGUUCAGGAGUUACAUAGAGAUGCUGGUCAGUACAGCACUUGACCCCGACAUGAUUCAAGCCCUGGAGGACACAGACGACGAGUUGUACCUCCCGCCCAUGAGGAAGAUUGACAGCCUCCUCAACGAACAAAAGAGGAGACUGUUAAGGAGAGUCAGCAUGAGUGGCCAACACCAGGAGACUCUGCAUACGUUCCCCAAAAUGACGGCGGACCCCCUGGACUCUGGAGCGGUCAAAUUGCACCUCGGCGGCGAGUGCUACAACCGUAAAACCCUCAACCGUGUCAAGAAGAGCACCGCGCCCAAACAGCAGGACCUCAAGCUGUCCACAGAGACGUGUCGUGUCUAUAGCCUUUAUCAUUCUCUCCAUCACUACAAGUAUCACACCUUCCUGAACUGCAAGAAGGAGACGGACAGUAUAGAGCAGGCAGCGGAGGACCCUGGUCAGGAGGAGGUGGUGCAGCAGUGUAUGGCCAACCAGGGCUGGCUGGAGACCCUCUUCAACUCCUUCAUCGACCUGCUGACCCUCAGCACCAAAGCCUGAUGAGGGAGGAGGGGGCACAGUCCGAAAUAGUGCACUACAAUUGGCCUAAGCCAUAGGGCCUAUAUGGAGAAUAGGGUGCCAUUUGGAAAGCAGAAUGUGGGUUGAAGAAGGGAGGGGUGGGGAGGGAGGAGGUAUACAGUAUUUGGGAGACAUAGCAAGAGAGUUGGAGUGGAGAACACUGGACUGUACCAAGAUGGAGGGGGGAUUCAGACCUACCACUCUACUUCUUGCCCAGCGAGAAAGACCGAACAGUCAAUGUCUAUGAGUACGGUUGAGUUUUAAAUUAAAAUGGAUGCUACAAUGAACUGUUUUUAGCGCUUUUGUUUAGUUUUUCUCUCACAAAGUAUCUCUUGACUAAAGAAAAGAGAAGGACGGAGGAGGCGGAUUGAAAAUAGUGAAUGUGUGAAAGGGUACGACGUCUGCCACUUGACCUGAACAGGGAAAGCAGGGGACCACGGUGAAUCAGUCAGCACUACAGAAAAGAUUGCGAUCUACAUCCAAACAUGCACGGGCACACACACACACACCAACAUACAAACACUAUAUAUAUAUAUAUACGUAUAUGUAUUAAUAAUUAUGAUUUGUAUUAUUUAUACAAGGAAAUUACCCUCCCUAGCUGGGAUUGUUUGCUGUUGUUAUUUUAAAUAAUAAUGUUUUGUUAGGGUAUACAUGAAAUGGCCUGCCCAAAAUCCUUUGCUCAGUCCCCCUUUUACUGCUGGAGGGGAGAAAAACUGAGGGGGAGGGAGGGAGGUUAGAGGAGUGUGUGAUGUUCCCUUUUUUCUGUCUGCCUAAAUAAAUUGUGAGGGGGAAAAAUGUAUUUAAAACCUAAGCAAAAUGUGUUCUUUUAUGUUCGUUCUUCAAAAGACAAUGAGAGCAGAGUUUACACCUGAAGUUAAUACAUUAAAAUAAAUGUCUGUUCGCUUUCUAAAAGAAAGCUCUGUGGUUUUAGGGAGGUGUAAACUGUUAAAAAGCGUAUCAAAUCUGUGUUGACUGUUUUUAUUUGAUCUGUUUGUUGUUUAUGAUAAUUAUUAUUUUGGAGGUUUACCUAUUUGUUCAAGCUCUCUUAUCUGUAAAUAUUGUACAGUUACUUGAGUCUCUAAAGCCCAGUUCCUCUUCUGUACAUGCUAUUCCUGUAUUUGACAAAAGCAAAUAAAAAUUUGAAAAUGA